CCCGAACAUCGCUUCCGGGUGUGCGAUGUUGUAUGCGGUCGGGAUGAAUGUAUGAAGAUAUUGUUUUGGCAUAUUCAUACUCAGAAGGAAAAUACUGUAAAUCAUUUUCAUCACUUGCAGUCAGUAAACCUUAUUUGAAUGCCUCGUGCCUGAGCUCUAUCAUCGAAUAAAGCUCUUCUUCGUGGUAGAAGGUCUGCUGUCGGUGUGUGUGUUAAAGAUGUCUGCUGAAGAAGCGGACAAAACCAACACCACAGAUGCUAGUGGCGGAGAUGAAGAGGAGGAAUGGCUCUACGGAGAUGAAGGCGAGGGCAAGGAAGAGGAUGAAGAAGCCAAACUGAACGCUGCAGUAAGUGUUGUCAGUGAUGCUCCAAUCUCGACCACGGAGGAUGCCACUGCCCCCGCUACAGGAAAUGGAGUGGCGCCUGAGCCGGCGGGCGAGGCAGCGGACGAGGACAGCGAUAGUGACAGUGACGAUGACGACGAUGAUGUGCGAGUCACCAUUGGAGACAUCAAAACCGGGGCGCCCCAGUACACACCAUACGGAGCCCCUCCGGUCAACCUUAACAUCAAGACAACGGGCUCCAGGCCAUACGGACAAGUGAACGCUAAGCUAAAGGGAGUGGACAUGGACGCUCCUGGCAACAUAAACGGAGUUCCAGUGCUGGAGGCAGACGUGGAGUCCUUCGAGGAGAAACCGUGGAGAAAGCCAGGUGCGGACCUGUCGGACUACUUUAACUACGGCUUCAACGAGGACACGUGGAAGGCCUACUGUGAGAAGCAGAAGAGGCUGCGCAUGGGCCUUGAGGUCUCCACUGUGGGCUCCACCACCAGCAAGAUCACAGUCCAGCAGGGUAGAACGGGGAACGAUAAAGACAUAUCCAGCCUGUCAGUCCACACUUCCAAGCCAGACUUCUCGUCCCCGGUCAACAUGUACAAGCCCCCCCCGACCCAGGUCACCAGGAUCUCAACCCCCCAGUGGACCGCCCCGCCUGGUCAGGACAUGUCCUACUAUACGAAGCCGAGUGGAACAAUAGAUGUUAUUGGUGGACAGACUGCCACCAUCAGCAGGGUGGAAGGACGGCGCAGACACAACCUGGAAGGAAAUAAUAUCCAGGUCAUCUCGGAACACUCUUCGUCGGAGGCCGACUCGACCCCGGCGAAGAUGCCCCCCUUCUUCCCCCCGGGGCCGCUGCCCCCCAACAUGCCUCCUCCCCCCUUCCUCGCACCCCCCCCCAACGUCGGCACUGCACCACCGCUCAUACCCCCACCCAGGAUGCCCAUCACAGUACCUCCUCCUGGAUUCCAACACCCGCCUACUGGCCCCCCGCCCUCCCUCAUGCCCACUAUGGACGGCCACACGGGCGGCUACGACGGGCGCUCUAUCCAGCCAUAUCCCUUUCCUCAAGGUGCGUACCCUCCACCCAUGCCAGGGGGUCCGGCUCCGUCUUGGCCUCCCAUGAUGGACAACUCGAAGCAGUGGGACUUCUACCCUCGUAGGGAAGAGAAGCGGGAGAAGGAGCGGGAGAGACCCAGGGAAAGGCCCCAUGAGCGGGAGAGGGAGAGGGAGCACAGUCCAUCUGCCAUGAGCUACACCAGCGACGAGGAGCGGUUCCGUUUCCGUGAGUACCCUCCCGAGCGCGGCGGCUAUGGGGAGCGCCAUCGGGAGCGCUCCAGCCGAGAGAAGGAGGACCGGCACAGAGAGAGGAGACACCGUGAGAAGGAGGAAGGACGCCACAAGACUUCACGCAGCAGCAGCAGCAGGAGGAGGCACGACAGCGAGGAGGGCGACAGCCACCGCCGACACAAACACAAAAAGAGCAAGAGGAGCAAGGAGGGCAAGGAGCCAGGCGAGGAGACCGGCGGGGACCAGGAGAACCAGGAGACCAUGGAGUGACCACAAGCUGCUCCUGUGCCUCCCAAGUCCUCUCUGUAUAUUCAACCAUUCCCUACCCAACCCCAUGGCCUGGCUGAGCCUUCAUUCUGAGUGGUUUCCUGUUGGCAGGAAGAGCGGAAACUUCCACCGCUGCAGCAACAGAUUGCAGCGAUGAUUGCAACGUAUUUGGUUGUCCCUUUAUUUUUGUUCUGUAUGGAAACUUCUGCAAGAGUUGUUGACUGAUUAAAAGAGCUUUUGAUAAGA